AUGGACCAGCUCUUCGCGGCUGCUCUCGAGGAGAUCGCUCUUGAAGGCCGCUGCUCCCUUUCCGCUCUGCUGCGCCUGCUCUCCCCCACGUGCCAGCAGCUCCGCCUGCCCCUCCCCCUGGACUCCGCCUUCCGCCAGUUGCUCUUCUCCCGCCUCCUCCGCUGCCCCUCCCUCUCCCUCCUCUCCCAUCGCCCCCUCCCCGGCUUCGCUCCCUUAGAAGAGUCUGUUUUGGAUGGUUAUGGUGCAGGGGGAGGGGGAGGAGGGGGAGGAGGGGGAGGAGGGGGAGGAGAGGAGGGAGGAGGCGGAGGAGGAGGAGGGGUAGGGGUGGGAAAGGCUUUAUCGGAAGCAGCGGCGGGGAGGGGGGAGGAUGAGUGUGGAGAUGAAGAGUCGGGAGGAAAGAAACAGAAACAGAGCCAGAAGAAGAAACCUGGGAAGGAGAAGCCGGUGCGGUACCGGUGGGUGGGUUGCGGUGGUGUGCGGGGUGAGAGAGGUGAAGGAGGUGUGGGAAGCGUGAGGAACGAUGGACAAGGGAAGAAGGAGAAAGCAGAGAAGAAGCCAGCAGGAGGAGGAGGACGAGAAGAAGAGGAGUGGGGAUGGGAGAGUGUGGAGAGGGAGGGCGUGGUGGUGGUGGCGCAUAAGGGGCUGAGACUGGCGUCUCUGGGCGUGUACGAGGAGAGCGAGUUCGAGUGUGGGCUCAGCGAUCUCAUGAUCGACACUCUGGAGCUCGUUGGCAAGACCAGGCGAGGCGGGGUGUCUCAGGCGCAGCUGGCGAGGACAAUGCGGGUGAAGAACAACAACUUCCAUUACGUGCUGCGGUCGCUGGAAGCCAGACACCUCAUUGCCAUGCACGCUGUCGUCACCCGCAACUCCCUCGCUCCCAACUCUGCUGCUGCUGCUGCUGGUGCCACUGGUUCUGGUGGUGCUGCUGGUGCUGGUGGUGCUGGUGGUGCUGGUGGUGCUGCUGGUUCUGCUGCGUCGCACGCGUGCCGUACCAAUAUGCUCUACCUGUCGCGCUUCUCACCCGCAAGCAUCACAGGGCAGGGUAACUACCACCUCCCACGUUCUGCUUCUGAAUCCGCUGCUGCCUCUGCUGCUGGAGAGCAGUUGGGCACGGGGGGAGGUGCAAGCGACAGGUGGGAAGCUGGUGCGGAGGCAGAGGCAUGGAUGAUGGCUGCAGCAGGAGGUGGGGCAGGUGGGGGUGAAGGAAGAGGGGGAGGAGGGGGAGGAGGAGACAUGCAAUGGGGUGGAGGGAGAGAUGGGAGCGAGGGGAGAGGAGGCGGAGGGCGAGGAGGGCAAGGAGGAGGCAUGGGGGUUGGAGCAAGGAGUGAGGAUGGGGGUGGGGCGGGAGGGUCGGUGGUGCUGAGGGGAGUGGAUGAUGACGUGGCAGCGAUUUUGUCCAUAUGCCAGUACCUCUCCAACGUGCAGGGACAGGUGCUGGUGUGUGGAGAGCUCAAGGCUACUCUAGAUGGUGCCGUCACAACACCCAACCCAACUCUUGUGUACUCUAAUUUCUCGUUCUCCGUUGCUGCUGUGACCCCUCUCCCUGCCUGCCUGCAGAUGGUGCCAUGUGUGCAGCUGGUGCGGACAUACACAGAGUCACAGCUCCGCUCCUUCCUCUCCUUGCCCACCCUCCAACCACCCUCGGAUGCUCUAUUAAAGGGGUGGCAGGGGAAGGGCAAGGGAAGGGGCAUGGGUGAAGAAGAUGGGGAUGAGGAUGAUGAUGAUGAUGAUGAUGAUGAUGAGGAGGAGGAUGAUGGGGAUGGUGAUGAUGAUUUGGGUGGUGAUGAUGCUGAUGAGGAUGAUAAUGAUGAUGAUGAUGUUGGUAUUGACGAUCAAGCAGCAGCACCAGCAGCAGCAGAAGCAACAGCAGGGGCAGUGGGGUUGGGUGGGAAUGCAUGUGGGGCCUUGAUUCCCAGAAGAGUGGGUGAAAAGGCAGCAGCAGCAGAAGCAGCAGCCGAAACAGCCUCUGCUGCGUGGGCUGCGUGUGGGAUAGGCGGUGAGCAGAGCGUGUGCUUGGCAAUGGAGCUCAGUGCGGAGCAGCAGGUGUUGGAUGCGGUUCAGAGGCAUGCUCCCGAUGGCGUGCUGCAGCCAGAGUCUCCUUUUCACCGCGACUCAAGCUUCCCGCAUCCCUCCUCCCCUUCCCCACCCACAUGUCCUUCCUUCCUGCGCCACCUCUCCUCUCCCCCUUCCUCCCCCAACACUCCCCCCCCUCUCUCCCCCCAUUCUCCCCUCUCCCUCUGUGAAAACCAGCUGGCGGGGGCGAUGGCGGGGGUGGGCAAGAAGCGGUUUUACCGCAUAGUGCAGGACCUGCAGGAGAGGAAGCUGAUCACCGCCCAUGCCGAGAACCACCAGCGCAUGACCCUGGCGGGGGCGAUGGCGGGGGUGGGCAAGAAGCGGUUCUACCGCAUAGUGCAGGACCUGCAGGAGAUGAAGCUGAUCACCGCCCACGCCGAGAACCACCAGCGCAUGACCGUCUACCGCCUGCGCGCCCUGGAGCCCCCCCCUGCUGCUGCUCCUCCUCUGCUGCUGGAAGCAGCGGUGGGCGACGGAGGUGGCAGGGGGGGAGGAGGAGGAGAGGGAGGAGGGGGAGGAGGAGCGGGAGGAAGAGGAGGGAAAACAGGAGGAGUGGUAGCAGAAGCGGUGGGUGGGGCGGGUGAGGAGGAUGGAGGAGGAGGGAGUGGAAGGGAUGGGAGGGAGGAGGAUGGGUUUGGGGCACUGGCUAUAGUGCCUUCUGCUACUGCUGUUGAGGGGUUGCUUGGGUACGAUACAAAGGAGAGGGCUGGGAUUGGUACAGGUGCUGUGGUGGCGAGAGCUGAUAUGGCUGAGAGAAGGGAAGAAGGGCAGGCAGAUGUGGAUCCAAGAACGUUGACGUUGAGGGGGGAAGCAAUCCUAGAAGGGCAGGAGGGGCAUGUGGGAGAGUACGUGGGAGAGGAUGAGGAUUCUGUGAUUGCGCUGGGGGAUGAGGAUUCUGUAGUUGCGUUGACAUUUGAGGAUUCUGUAGCUGCGUUGAAGUUUGAGGAUUCUGUGAUUGCACUGGAGGAGGAGGAGUGUGAGUUGGUUCUAGCUGCUGCAUCGGUGCCAGGGAAAGCAGCAGCAGCAACGGAGGUGCAUGAAAGGAACCUUGCCAUUGAGCACUCAGCAGCAGACACUGCAGAAGGAGAGAGAGCAGAUGGGACAGCGGCAGAAGCAGAAGCAUGCACAGCAGAAGAGGCAGCAGACGAAGGAGCGGAGGAGACAGCCAUAAGAAGAGAAGAAUCCAUGAAGGCAACAGAGUUAGACAUGGCCCCAUUAUCUGAUGGCAGUGGUGGUGGUGGUGGUGGCAGUGAUGGUGCUGCUGCUGCUGCUGCUGCUGCUGCUGCUGCUGCUGCUGCUGCUGCUGCUGCUGCUGCUGCUGCUGCUGCUGCUGCUGCUGCUGCUGCUGCUGCUGCUGCUGAUGGUGGUGGUGGUGGUGCUGCUGCUGAUGAUGGUGGUGAUGGUGAUGAUGGUGGGGAAAGGGACAGGAGAAGUGGUCGUGAGGCGCGUCACUUAUCGUCACCCCAACCCCCAUCUGAUCAUCUGGACCCUCAUCUGGAGGAUGCUGGGUCAGGUGAAGGGGCUGGCAUGGUAUCAGGGCAUCCUGCUACCUCCAUCUUCCCUUCCCCGGCCUCCCCUUCCCCCUCAUUCCCCUCCCCACACACAAACCUCGCCCAUGGUACUCCUCCUUUCUCUCCCGCACCCGCUUCCCAUUCUCUCCUUCCUUCACUUGCUUCUUCCACUCCUCCUCCUCCCGCUCCCCUGUCUGCUGUCUCGCCUGCACUCCUAUCCCACGGCCCUUCUAAGCCCGUCAUCUCAAGGGUCUAUACACGCCGUCGCAACGCCACACAGCCGAAACAGGAGGCGCUUCAGAAAAAGCAGCCUGAUUGCAGUGCUCAAGAGAGGAAUGGAACACGGCAAAGCAAUAAGGGCGCGCAGCAGAGAGAGGUGGAGGAGGAGCGAGGGCUUGAAGAGCGUGAGACGGAUGGAGAGAAGGAGGUAAGUACGGGCAGUGAGGUGCAGAAGGAGAAGCGGCAGAGGGGCCGAAGCAGGAACAAGGAGCAGAAGCGGCAGCAGAAGCAGAAGCGGAAGCAAGCAGAGGAAGCGGAGGAGGAGGAAGUGAAAGAUCGAAAGGCGGAGCAAGAGGAGCUAGAGGAGCAAGAGGAGCAGGAGCAGGAGCAGGAGCAGAAGCCGCAGCAGCUAAGUCUGAGGAAGCAGCGGCAGCAGUGGCAGAAGCAGCAGCAGGAGCUGCAAGGUCCAGACGAGAGGCCAGUGUCUCGCCGUUCCAGCUUCCCCAGGGAUGAAGCACUGUGGAAGAGACGAGAGGAGACCAUUAUAGCCUUCCUCGAGGCGAAUCAGAUAGCGACGCGGUGGGAACUAUACCGGCACAUGGUGGCGUCAGAGCGGGCAUUCCGGGCCGCCACCAUGGAUCGCAAGACCCUCAACCGCAUCCUCGACGCCAUGCGCGCGCGCGCCCUGCUCAAGCGCAUGCUCCUCUCCGUGCCGGGGGUUUCCAACGGCGGCCAGGCCCGCACUCUCGAGAUCGUGCUUUCCGGGAGUGCCGAUGCGAGCCCGGAGGCCCUUGCAGCGGUGAUUGCGCGGCAUAGGAGGCAGGAAAUGGAGAAUGCGAGGGGGGGCGCGGAUGUGAUGUGGGGAAAGAAGGUGGAGGGGAGAGGGGGUGGAGGAGGAGGAGGAGGAGGAGGAGGAGGAGGAGGAGGAGGAGGAGGAGGAGGAGGAGGAGGGGAAGGAGAGGGAGCAGGGGAUGGAGGAGGGGAUGGAGGGGACGAGCAGAAGCAGCAGACAGGAGGGGAUGGCAAGAUUGUUGUUGGUGCUACUGGAAACUCUGCUGCUGGUGGUGCUACUGGCGGUGCUGCUGGCAGUGGUGGUGGUGAUGGCGGUGGUAACAGAGUAGGGACGCGGGCCAACAGAUACAAGGUGCAUUCGUUUCAGGAGAUCAAGGGGAAGCGAGGGGCCGGGGAGGGCGAUGGUGGGGGCGAGGGUGAGGGUGGGGGGCGGGUGGCUAUACCAGUGCUGAACAACAUAGAGAGGCGGCUCUUGGGGCGACAGCUAGAUGCUGUGAGGAGGAGAGAGCAGCGGCUAGGUGUUGCUGCUUCUGUGCUGGUACGAGACAGGUUAGGCGGAGGGGUGGAUGGCGGUGGGGUUGGGGAUGGGGAUACGAAGGUGGAUAUGGGGGAGGUGGGUAUUGAUGAUGGGAGUAUGGGGAGGAGUGGUGUGUUGGGGGGUGUGGGAGGUCAGGGGAAAGCGGGAGGGAGUGGUGUGAAAGAGGAGAGGGUUUCAUGGGGUGGGAUGGAGGCAGGGGGUGCUGCUGGUGCUCGUGCUGCUGCUGCAAGAGGAGGAAUCAGAGCGGCAGGAGGAGCGGGAGGAGCGGGAGGAGCAGCGGCAGGAGCGGCAGGAGCUGUGCGGAGCGCAGCAGGAGGAGGAGAGGUAGAAGCUGCUGGGUCAUUGGCACUGGGAGGAAGCGGAAGGCUUGUGAGGGGGUUGAGAGGGGGCAAGGUGGAUGGGGGUGCGACAGGAAGGUUCCAGGGAAGGAGUUUGCGACAGGAUAAAGAGUUUGACAGGCAGGAAAGUGGGAAUCUGAUGGGGGAGAGGCAAGGAAAGGACGGGCAGGGGCAGCAGCAGCAGCAGCAGGUGCAAAGGGCCAGAGCGUUUCGAGGCAGUGGGAGUGGACCAGAGAGAGCAGAGCGAGGAGAGAGAGCAGAUGGAGGAGAGGGAGGAGAGGGAGAAGAGGGAACGGUGGCAGCAGUGGGAGCAGUGCGAGGGGAAGUGGGGGAGCGAGGGGAGGGAGGGGAAGAGGAUGCGGAGGCGGAGCUGUGGAGUGUGAGGAGGCGGUAUGGGUAUGUGCCUGCUAAGAUGGUGCGUGCACGGCAACUGCACCUCUUCCUCUGGUCGCAUGUCAAGUCGAGGGACACAAACACAUUUGAGCCAAACCUAGAUUGUGGGUGCGAGUCAAGACAUCCCGUCUCUUACGCCCCUGGCGCUGCAAGGCAAGCUAGUGCAGGACCUGCCGCCCUCGUUUUGAGUCGACUCAAAAGCAGACUCCGUCCGUCCGUCCCUCCCUCCUCUCAGAUUGUGGGUGCGAGUCAAGACAUCCCCUCGCUCACGCCCCUGGCGCUGCAAGGCAAGCUGGUGCGGGACCUACCGCCCUCGCUCCUGCACACGCUCUUUGACGCCUCGGCUCGCAACCGCCUCUCUCGCACCUUCAACCUCCUGCAGCGCCUGCAGGUGGGUCUGAGGGGGCGAAGACCAGAAGCAGUGACUAUAGAGCUAGACGCAGCAGAGGAAGAGGGUCUAGCUCUUUACUGGUCCUCCCUUCAAACUGUCUUUUCCACGCUUGCUCCUUCUGUCGGCCGCCGGUUUUUCCCCGCUACCGCUGUUCCCGACUUGCUGAACGCUCGCGUGUGGGCGUCUCAUGCCCUCCUGCCGCUGCGGCUGCACAUCCAGCUCAUGCGCCGCUUACAAGCUGUCUCGUUACAGGAUAGGGAGACGACCGUGCGUGCGACUGCGGCUGAGAUUGCACGGGAGAUGGGGCUUACAAAAGACCAGGUGCUGUAUUCGAUAUACAUGAGGCAGGGGCAUCUGCGUAUGCAUGCUCUUAGCUUGCCGCAGCUGGGGUUGCUGCCUGGUGUGCAAUGGAGCGAUCUGGAGAGGAAGAGGAGGAGGCAGAAGAAGAGGAGGAGGAGCGGGGAGAGACGAGGAAGUGAGGGAGAGGAGGAAUGGGACGAGGAGGAGGAGGAUGAGGAGGGUGAAAGAGGGGGGAGUGAGGAGGAAGCGGGUGGGAGUGGGGGUGGGAGAGGGAGACGGAGAGGGAAGGGGAGGAACCUGAGAGUGGUUGAUGUGCUCGGGAAGAGCAGAGUUGCGGCACUACAGGCGAAGCCUGAGUGGAGGAAGUAUGGGUGGGAGGAGGGGGGCGGGGGUCGCGGGAGGGUGCGAAUGGUGGGUGCGAGUGGGGCGGGUAGUGGUGGUGGUGGUGGUGCUGCUGCUGCUGCUGCUGCUGCUGGGAGUGGUGAUGGUGGUGGUGUUGCUGGUGGUAGGGAUGGUGGUAGAAUGCUUGUGGUUGCGAAGGAGAAGGGACUGUUGGGGGUUCGUGGAGGGAUGGAGAGUGGGCAGGUGAAGCGGAGAGAGGAGCAGAGGAGUGGGGAAGACGCGGCAAGGAAAAGACGAAGGAUUGGUGGGGAUGAGUGGGGAGGUGAUGGGGAUGGUGGUGAUGGGGGUAAGGAUGGGGAUGGCGAGUGGGACAUGCAAAGGGAGGAGGGGGGUGAAGGGGAGGAGAAGGAGGAAGGAGAGGAAGGAGAGGAAGGGGAGGAAGGGGAGGAAGGGGAGGAGGGGGAAGAAGACGAGGAUAUUGGGGGGGUUUCAAGAGCGCUUGACGGCUCUGCUGUUCGGCUGCGACGAGUCACUUGGACUCAGUUUUCCACUCGGACUCGAUUCCCUCUUAACUCUCAAAUGCCCCUCCCACCCAUUCCCGCUCCUUCCUCCGCCCCCAACCCCCCCAGCACGCUAAUCAAGGAGCACGCGCGUGCUGUGUCCCCCUUACCCGCCAUCCACGCAUGCAGAGUACGCGCGUGUCCGUGCCCGCCAUCCGCGCAUGCAGUGGCACCUCUACUCGCACCGCCUGCCGCACUGGCGCCCCUUGACAGUUUCCCACAAGUCUGUUCCCCACUUACCCCCUCCCUUCCCUUCCUCCCCCCUUUCAGCACACUUAUCGAGGAGUACGCACGUGUCCGUGCCCGGCACCCGCGCAUGCAGUGGCACCUCUACUCGCACCGCCUGCCCUUCCCGCCCUCCGCCUGCCGCCGCCACGUGGCUCUGCUUCGCACCGAUGCCCGCACACGCCACGCGCUGCAGGACCUCUGCGCUCUCGUUGCUCUGAGACUGUCCCGCUGGGCCAAGUACAAGCAGGCGCUGGCGCUGCAGCAGCAGCAGGCGCAGUGGGAGGCGCAGCAGGAGCAGCAGCGGCUGGAGCAGGGGGGGAUGGAUGAGAGUGAUGGGGAAGGGGAAGAAGGAGGAGGAGGGGAAGGAGGUGUAGGUGUUCUCACCACGGCUGGACCAGUUGCUGCCACUGCCACUGCCACCGCCAACGCCACUGCCACCCCUGACCCCACUGCCGCCGCUGCUGCAGCUGCUGCUGGUGCUGCUGCUGCUGUAGGGGUUUCUGAGGCACCUGUUCCUUCCCCUUCGCCUCUCUCCAUCCCGCCAUUAGCCCCCACUCCAUCCCGGCAGCGGGAGGUGGUGUGGGAGAGCCGGUGGGAGUGGGACGAUUUCUCCUGCCCUGAGUUGGCCCGCGCUGUGGAUCGGGUGCUCGUUGCUCAUUACUCCCUGCGCCCCUGGCUGAUGCAGCAGCAGGAGAAGCAGCAGGUAGGGCGUGCGCCUGCUGCUGCUGCUGCUCCUGCGGCUGCUGUGGCGGGUGAAAGGGAGUGGAGAGUGGAGGGACGGGGAGCUGGUCUGACUGGUGCCACUGCUGCAGUUGCCGCUGGUACGAGAGACUUAUCAACAGGCUCAGCAGCAGGAGCAGCAGCAGAGGCAGGAGCAGGAGCAGGAGCAAGAGCAGGAGCAGGAGCAAGAGCAGGAGCAGGAGCAGCAGCAGCAGAAAGUGCACCAAUGCUUGCCCUUCAAUCGUCCAAUCCAGCUGCAGCAACCAGCACUGCCAUCACAACAGCAGCUCACACCUCCCUCGCAACCAACGCAGCCAGAGCCGCAGACCGCAGCCAAACCAUCAUCAGCAAAAAAGCCCUCAAAGCGCAAAAGCUCCUCUCAGAAAUGCACCGGCGGCCCUUUGCCGCCCCCGCGUGCGAGCUCAUCAAAUCCAUUCUCAGCGGGACGACUGUCAACGGCUCUCUCCCUCCCCUCCUCGUGCACGCGCUGAGACGAUUCCCGGAAAGCGACGUGGUUGUUGCGUUUGAGUUUCUUCGAAUGAACGAUCUGGUGGUUCCCGGGAAAGGGUCCCGAGCCUUCUUUCUGAACCCUGACCAUGUGGAAACGGCUUCUAUAUCCCCGUUGCCGCCUCAUGCCGCUGCCGAUAGCGCGGAGUUUACACAGUGGGUGGAGGAGAGGAGAGAGGGGCUGGAAGGGGCGUGGGAAGGGGUGCCUUUAACGCUGAGAUGCGGGCAUUUGGUGCAGUUGCUGACCUUGGUUUCUCAAGGGCAGCUGGAGCUGAAAGGGGUGCUGCCGAAGAAAGGCGUGGGGGAGAGGGAGGAUGAUGCUGAGGAGGAGAGGAGGAGGCAGAGGAGACGGGUGUAUGAGAAGUUGAGGAGGGAGGGGAGGGAGGAGGAGGCGGAAGAGGAGAAGGGUCGGAUGGGUGGUGCUGGGGAAGGGGUGAACGGGGGAGGUGGGAAGGGGAGGGAGGGUGUGGGAGGGGAAGGGAAGGGUGGGGAGGAGCAGAGCGAGGAGGAGGAAGAGGAGGAGGAGGAAGAGGAGGAGGAAGAGGAGGAGGAUGGGGAAGAGGAGGAGGAGGGGAGGGGGAAUUCGUCGGUGCAGACACCGUAUGGUGUUAGGCAGUUGGUGAGGGGGUUUCCGCAUCUGAAGGUGCUGGUAAGGAGUGCCCUGGUGCCUGUACCCGAUCUGGUUACUUGCCUUUGGGAGAAUGCUGUGAAGGGCUGUGUGGGGAAUGUGGGGAAGAAUGGGAAUGUGGGGGAUGGGGGGGAUGGGGGGGACGGGAUGGAUGUUGAGGGUGGGUGUGAGGGAAUGAAGCAGGGAGAAAAGAACGCAGUAUGCGAAGCGGGCAUGGUGGAGGAAGGGUUGAUGGGAGGAGGGACAGGAGAUGGUGAUGGUGAUGGUGGUGCUGCUGCUGCUGCUGGGGGUGAUGAUGGUGGUGGUGUUGUUGGGGGGAAUGGGAGGAGAGCAGGAGGAGGCGAGAAGCAAGAAGCUACCUCAGAACCCCCUCGCGAUUCUAUCUUUGAGGCAUUUCAAGAAGCUGCUGCUGAAGGGCCACAGGGAGUUCAUGUUGAAACCGCCGCACAAGGAGCUGUGCUUGAGAAGAGAGGAGGAACAGUAAGGGAAGGUGUGGAAGCACCAAGGGAAGGGAGAGCAGCAGCAAGGGAAGGGGCAGAGACAGCAAGGGAAGGGGCAGAGACAGCAAGGGAAGGGGCAGAGACAGCAAGGGAAGGGGCAGAGACAGCAAGGGAAGGGGCAGAGACAGCAAGGGAAGGGGCAGAGACAGCAAGGGAAGGGGCAGAGACAGCAAGGGAAGGGGCAGAAGCAGCAAGGGAAGGCGCAGGAGCAGAUAGAGGCAAUGAGUGGGGGUGGCAUCACCCAAAGGCCAGGGGUCACAGAGGAUGCUCCUUAGAAGCACUCAAGCGCGCACUAGUCCCAACCGGGGCCGGCGAAAGCUCUGCUUCUGCUGCCGUAGGAUCAACCGCUGCAGCAGUAGCUGUGGAAGUAGCAUCAGCAUCAGUAGCAGCAGCAGCAGCAGCAGCAGCAGCAGCAGCAGCAGCAGCAGCAGUGGGGGUGGGGGAGGAAGAGGUGGAGAGCUGUGUGGCGGAGCUGUUAGCAUCGGGGAAGGUCAAACAGGUUGCUCUCUUCGACUCAUCGGUUCUCAUGGCGUCGCGCCACGCAUCCCUGUUCUUCCUCCGCAAACAAGACACCGCCGCUGCUUCUGCUCUUGCCACCACUACCUCCACCGCCACCACCGCCACCGCCACCGCCACUCUUGCUGCUGAUUCUGUCACUCGCACCAACCCAUCGCAAGCUCUCACCCACACACCAGGGACGAGCGGGGACAAGGGGAAGGGGUUGGGUUUGGAAGCAGGGGAAGGGGAGAGGGAGAGAGCGGCCCAGGGCCUGAUGACCCUGGGGAGCAAGGGGGGAAAGGGAGAGGAAGAGCUGGGGAAGCAGAGGGGGGAACAAGGGGAGAAGCAGGGUGGGAAGAGAGGGGAGAAAGAGGAGAGGGAGGAGAGGGAGCAGGAGGAGGUGGCGAUACGGCCGUGGCUGGAUGGUUCGGGGCGGGAGAAGGCGGGUCUGCGGAGCAUGUUUGUGCGCAAGAUAAUGGCUGUGGUGGCGUUCCAUCCCGGCAUAGAGGAGAUAAUGGCUGUGGUGGCGUUCCAUCCCGGCAUAGAGGAGAUAAUGGCCGUGGUGGCCUUCCAUCCCGGCAUAGAGGAGGUGAGUGCGCGUGGACAUGAGUAUGCUGCUGCGUCUUGUUCCGCUUCUCAAUCCCCAGUGUUGCAGCAGUAG